AUGAAAUCUCUUUUUGCAAUAAUUAAGACAAGAGAUGAAGAUCGUAAAAUAUUGUAUGCAAGUGAAGAGUAAUUUAAUUUGGAUUAAGUAUUUAAUAUAAGAGAUGGAGAGAAUUCUGACAUAGUUACAUAUAGAGAUAAAAUUACACAAUUCUUUUAGCAAUUUUAAUAUUGUAAAUCAAUAUUCAAUUUAGAAUAGUUGGACUCAUACAAAAAACCAAUUUUCUUGGUUAUUCAACUAACUUCAUCAUUGAUUUUUUCUCAUAAGAAAGAAAAGCAUAAUGUCAUGAAUUAAUGAUAGAAGAUUUGAUAUUCUAUAUUCAAACUAUUAAAGAGCCUGUAUCAAUUACUUUAGUAUUGGUCAUAUAGAAGGAAAGUUAGUACAAUUCUUAAUAUGCUUCAUAUUGUUUAACUUUUAUAAAGAAAUGUUUAUAAAAAAUUGAAAAAGAAUCCAAAGCUUUAACUAGAAUGUCAAAUCUUAUAAUUCAAAAUGUAAUAAGAUAGUAUAUAACAUUAGAUAAGUUAAUUUGAGAAAGAGAUUAAUGCAUAAAUUCCAGAAUAUGAGAAAUAGAAAUGUAAAUCUAUUUAAGUUAGGGAUAAUGUGACUAAUAUUGCUAGAAAAUAUUUGGAUUCAUGUGAAUUAAGAAGAAAUUUAAAUUAAUUUUGUUAAGCAUUUGUAAAUAGAAAAAUGAUUAAUUUCUUUUAAGUAUAAAUCACUAUAUAUAUAUAUAUAAUUAGAUAUAAAUGACACCUCCAUAAUAAGAUUUAAUGUUAAAUCCUAUAGCCAUAGUAAUUAAACCAUAUUAAACCUUAUUGGUUGCUAAUUUUAUUGGAAAAGAUGAUAAUACUUAUAUAUCAUAAAGAUUCUUGACUUUCAUUUAAAAAAUGUAACCCACAAAAUCAUUUCAAGAAAUGUCUAAUUUAUACUAUUUUUCAAUGACUGAAAUUCAAGUCUAUGUUAAUCAUAUUAUGAUGAACAAUUAAAAUCAAAUGAGUUUACUUCUCAAUAAAUUAACAGAUGACUCUUAUUUUACUAUAGCAUGCACAUAAACUCAUAAAAAAUUAGCAGAGAAAAUUCCAUUAAAAUAAUAUGUUUCAUUCAUUAAAUGUCCAAUGAGUUCUUAAUAAUUAAGAUAAGAUAGAAUAGAAAAAAUAGAAAGUUAAUUUUGUAAUAUAAUUGGAUUUAGAUUAAUACGUGAAUGCCAAGUUUAUUUAUAUUAAAAAGAUCCUACAUUAACUUUAAAGAAAGUAGAAGAUGAAAUUAAUAAAAUUGCUGCUGAAUUAAUAAAGAGUAAAGAUAAAUAAGGAGAAAGAGAAAAGAAAUUCACUUAAUUAUAUCGAUUCUAUUAAUCACUUCUUAAAUUUUUAGGAAAACCAUAUACAGUUUAAGAAAUUGCUUAUUAAAAGAAUAUGGAUAUUAGUAGACUUUGGGCACAUAUUCAUUGGCUUAAAUCUUUAGUAGGAUUUUAUUGUUUAUGA